AUGUUCAAGCGUUUCUCCCAUCUCCGGCCAUGGCGUCAAGUCGGAGAUCUCCGGAAGACUCAUCGGCACAACCCAGGUGUUGCGUCCCUAAAUUUCGGCGAGCUUGGUGUCAAGCUAUCGAUGCGGUGUAGAUCCAUUCCGGAUAAAACCAGCACUGUCGAGAUCUCUCUUUCAAUGAUGAUUUGGCAAGGGACCUCCUCUUCAAUGGUGAUUUCGUAA